CGAAGGGCUGGCCGAUAAAAAGCCGCCAAGCGCACACAUAUUAACCAAGAUGGCUGCCCCGCGGCAGCCGUUGCGGCCGCGCAACGUCGACGACGCGGCGCGGCCGCCCCUGAAGCCGCGCGGCGUGGACACGACGCCCCAAAAGCUGCGCGCACGACACGAGACGGAUGAUGAGCGGCUGCGCGACGCGGACGACGACAAGACUGAUGAGAGGCUCCCCCAGAAACGGAUCAGGCUCCUCCCCAAGAAACGUAUCAGGAUGCUGCCCGCGCGCGACGAAAAGUGGACCGCGCCUUUACAUUCGCCGGAACGCGACCGCCCGCCGGACCUCGACGCGAGCAUGGACGGCAGCAUCGUCAUGGCCCUCGCGACGCCAACACAAAGCUCACCGGUCGUGGAGGAGGCGCCGACGGAGCCGCCGCCGGCGUCGAUGGGCGCCGUGGCCAAGCUCGGCUCCCUGGCCGCGCUGGCAAAAGUUCUGAGGAAGCCCUUCGACGCGGCCACUCAACAUGUUUUCGACCUCUAUAAUAGGACGUGGCGCGACUUCGACGCGAGCGGUCGGGCGCCGCCGGCGAAACCCGGCGCCGAGCUAUCGGAGGACGAGGUUAGAAGGUUACGCGGCGGCCUCGCGGUGCCCAUCGUCGAUGCGCCGGUAUCGGCCGUAAAGCCGCCGCCGGCGCCGCCGCGCAAGUUCCGCCUGAAGAGUCUGUUGAAAGUCUUCCGGUGGAAGAAGUCGUCGCGCAUCGCGCCGGCACCCGCGCCUAACACCUAGUAGUA